AUGUCUCCGAGCCCGGAUAGGACCCAGAUGGAGGGACACCCCACCACCCCUCCCUUCCCGCCGGCGUCGCCAGCCUAUCUCUCGGCACCCCAGCUUACGUCCCCCUAUCACGCAGGAGGAGGGGGAGGAAGUCCGCAGUACCUGCCCCCGCCCUCCCCCCGGAGCUCUCACACCUACCAUCCCGCCUACCAGCCCACCGACCACACCAACGGCUUCACCUCUGCCAGCUCCCCCUUCCCCGGCUACGGCGGCGGCAGCGGGGGAGAGGGGAACCGCCACCCCUCUAAUUCCUCCCGCUCAGCGCGCGCCUCAACCCCGUGCCUCGCAGCUCCGGGCUACUCCCUGGAAGAACACAAAGACUUUCGCGAAAUUGCGGACUACAUGUCCGGCGAGGGCGACUGCAUCCUCGUGCGGCGUUUUGGGGCUCUUCGCUUCCGCGACAUGCUCUGCAAGCAGGCACAGGUGAUGGAGGUGGAGAUACAGCUAGCGGAGGAGGAUGGCAAGGUGUUGCAGGGGGGCGGGGAUAUAGAGAUGGUGAAAAGGUUGAUGCGGAAGUUGGAUACUAAGCUGAAAGCUUACGGUACGUAUAUCCCCUUUCCUCCAGCAAAGGCUAUCAGCUAAUGAUUGGCGGGGGGAAGAUGAUGCCCUCGAGCGAUGCCACAGGACGUAUACCAUGCCCCCACCAAGCACGCGGAGCCUCAGCAAAACCAACACCUGGCUAAACACGCGGGGAUUCCAGCACCGCGUACCGGAGCUCUUCCAAGAUGACAUGAUAACCCUCGACCAGGCACUCGUCACCGACGGGCUAAUGACCCGCUUCGCGGCACUGAUAGCACGCGUGGUCUUCAAGAAGGAAGUCUCCAGGAGGGCCGGCGUGUCCCAGAUCCCGGCCCACCGCCCCAUACUCGUCGCUCGGGCGCUGAUCGCGCUGAUCGCGCCGGUGAUCUUGCUCGUGCCGGUCGUGCUGCUGUGUUAUCUGAAGGCACUCUGGAAACAGAUUGUCGUGGUCGUCAUGGCGACCGUCACGAGUAGCUUUGCCAUGAUGGUCGCCAAGGCGGGGAACGCGGAGGUGUUUAUGGCCACGUCGGCCUACGCCGCGGUGAUGGUGGUGUUUUUGGGGACUGUGGCGAACGUUGGGGGUGGGAAGGGGUAA